AUGACUACCCCAAACAAGACACCACCUGGUGCUGAUCCAAAGCAGUUAGAGAGGACUGGUACUGUUAGAGAAAUAGGCUCACAAGCAGUUUGGUCUCUUUCAUCCUGUAAGCCAGGAUUUGGAGUGGAUCAGUUACGAGAUGAUAAUCUAGAAACUUACUGGCAGUCAGAUGGAUCACAGCCUCAUUUGGUGAACAUCCAAUUUAGAAGAAAAACAACAGUGAAGACAUUAUGUAUUUAUGCAGACUACAAAUCUGAUGAAAGUUACACUCCAAGCAAAAUAUCUGUCAGAGUAGGAAAUAAUUUUCAUAAUCUACAGGAAAUCCGGCAACUUGAAUUAGUGGAACCAAGCGGCUGGAUUCAUGUUCCUUUAACAGAUACUCAUAAGAAGCCUAUUCGCACGUUUAUGAUUCAGAUUGCUGUUCUAGCUAAUCACCAAAAUGGAAGAGACACUCAUAUGAGACAAAUCAAAGUGUACACCCCCGUGGAAGAGAGCUCUAUUGGUAAAUUUCCUCGAUGCACAACGAUUGAUUUCAUGAUGUAUCGCUCCAUAAGAUAA